CCGCGGCGCCCUCGCCGGGUGCGUGCCGCUCGCACGCCCGCCCGCCAGGCUCUCCGGCCCUCGGCCCGCGCCCGGCCCCGGCGCCCCGGCCCAACCGCCCGCGCUUCAUGGCUGCGCACGAAUGGGACUGGUUCCAACGCGAGGAGCUCAUCGGACAGAUCAGCGACAUCCGCGUCCAGAACCUGCAAGUUGAAAGGGAAAAUGUGCAAAAGAGGACCUUUACUCGAUGGAUGAAUCUACACCUAGAGAAGUGCGACCCGCCUCUAGAAGUCAAAGAUUUGUUCAUUGAUAUACAAGAUGGCAAAAUCCUAAUGGCUUUGUUAGAAGUCCUGUCUGGGCGAAAUCUGCUGCAUGAAUACAAAUCCUCAUCCCAUCGUAUUUUUCAGUUGAACAACAUAGCCAAAGCACUGAAGUUUUUGGAAGAUAGCAGUGUAAAACUUGUUAGCAUCGAUGCAGCCGAAAUCGCAGAUGGCAACCCCUCCCUGGUUCUGGGGCUGAUAUGGAACAUAAUCCUCUUCUUCCAGAUUAAGGAGCUCACGGGCAACCUCAGCAGAAACUCUCCACCUUCCAGCCUGUCACCUGGCUCGGCGGGCACAGACUCAGACACUUCCUUCCCACCCACGCUCACUGCAGAGAGGAGCGUGGCCAUAUCAGUGAAAGACCAAAGGAAGGCCAUCAGGACCCUGUUGGCGUGGGUGCAGAGGAAGACGAGGAAGUAUGGCGUGGCUGUGCAGGACUUUGCGGGCAGCUGGAGAAGUGGGAUGGCUUUCCUGGCUGUAAUCAAGGCCAUUGACCCCAGCCUGGUCGACAUGAAGCAGGCCCUGGAAGACUCCAUGCAGGAAAAUCUAGAAAAGGCUUUCAGAAUUGCACAUGAUGCCCUUCACAUUCCCAGGCUCCUGGAGCCAGAAGACAUCAUGGUUGACACCCCGGACGAGCAGUCCAUUGUGACUUACGUGGCACAGUUUCUAGAACAUUUCCCGGAGUUGGAAGCCGAGGAUCUUAUGAAUUCAGAUAAAGAAGUUCCUAUUGAAUCCACCUUUGUCCGCAUCAAAGAAACGCCUUCUGAACAGGAGAGCACAGUCUUCCUUCUAACGGAAAAUGGAGAGCGUGCCUACACCUUUAACCAUGACGCCAGCCACCCACCACCCUCCAAAGUCUUUGUCUGUGACAAGCCUGAGAGCAUGAAGGCAUGCUGCCUGGAAGGCGUUUGCAGCCAUGCGCUGUCAGACAGCUCCACGGAGAUGAGGCAUCAGAUCACAGACCAGGUCCUCCAAGGGGUCCCAGGGAGUAUCAGCAGCAUCAGUGAGUCGUCUCCAGAAUCCUCCAUUUUAUUAUCCAGAAAGGACAACCGGAGGUCCAGCUUUUUACCAAUCAAGAAAACUGUGCAUUUUGAGACUGAUACCUAUAAGGAUGCUUCCUGCAGUAAGGACCCUCUCUACAGUCAAGACCUGUGCUUUCAAGGGGGCCUAGGAGGGACUAAGGAAUUGUUGGAGCAGGAUGGUCAAGUCUUGACAGUUGAGGUUGCUGACGAAAAAUCAAACCAGGAAGCCCCAGAGAUCCCAGAAGCGGCCUCUGACGAGACCCUAGGUGACAUUUCUGCGGCAGAUGCUGAGACUGACCAUUCGCAGGCUUCCCAGAGUCCUACGUCCUGGAACAGGGUGCUGAAGAGUUCCACCCAUCUGGGGGAAGAAAGUCAUCCCCUUCCAUCUCUUGGAGACAAUACCGUUAUGGCUGAUUCCUUAGAGAUCAAGGUUAAGCUGCUGACUGCAGAUGCUGUGGAUGAGGGAGACUAUUUUGAAGGCAUACCGCUAAAAGCCUCUAAAUUUAGCAGCAACCUGGUAGAUUUUGCCUCACCCAGCCAGGCUUUCAGUGAGGUUCCUUCACCUCAUGAGAAAAAACCUGCCGAGGAUGAGGCUUUGGAAGACCACAUAGAGAACCUGGGUAAACAGAGAGGCAAAUCUGCCCACAAAAAGGCAGAUUCAGAGGAGGCCCCUCCAGCGAAGCCUGACAAGCAGGAGCCUCACGGGGAGCCUGAGCAGAAAGACCAAGAGGCUGUGCUGGGAGGUGCGGAGCCCAAAAUAGGUGGGAAGGCAAAGUGUAAGUCCCCCCGGGACCAUCGUCAAGAGGAAGAGGUGGACGUGGAGGGUCCACAGGGGUUCCCCGGAGAAUUGCCUUCCAACCCGCCAAGCAGCAGUGUCAGCUUGGAGACCCGCUGGAGUCACAGCGAGGAAGGUCUGGACUUCAAGCCCUCUCCGCCCCUCUCUAGGAUUUCCGUCAUCCCCCACGACCUUUUCUACUACCCGCAUUACGAGGUUCCCCUGGCUGCCGUUUUGGAGGCUUAUGCAGAAGGUGCGGAGAAUUUAAAAAAUGAAGACAGAGAUCUGGAAGAGGCAGAAGGAUGUCUGCAGGAUCUGGGAUCCUGGGAGGAGGAGGCCGAGGAGGCCAAGGCCUCCCAGAGCAGCUGUAGCAACUCAGAGCUGGGCAACAACCUUGCCCAGGCCUACAGCCAGGCACCAUGUCCUGACCUGGGAGCACAGGAGGCCACACCGGCCUCGGAGCCCACUCCCCCAGCCCCGCGAGGGGACCACCAGCAAAGGGAAGCUGAAGACAGUGCCCCUGUGGAGAACCAUCAGGAAUCUGCAAACUUGGAACACUUUGCAAACCCUUUAGAAGAAACAGUAAUGGAAGAAUCAAUCAGCAGUAAAAGAAAGGAAAAAAGGAAACAUGUGGAGUAUGUAGAAAGUUCGACAUCUGUAGCGCCCGGAACCGUCUGCUCCUCAGAGGAGCUGGGAGAUGACCCCUGCCAUCACAAAGCCCUUUGCAGGUACUUUAUCACCACCUCCUCACCCUGGGGACUGCUAGAGUGCCUGACAACCGUGUUCGUUCUGUGUCGCCACUAUAGGUACAAUACUCAGAAGCUCACUGAGCUGAUUUUACAGUUUCACGGCAUCAGAGCAGACAUGAAGAGAGAAUGCAAACAUGCCAGGAUGUCCACGAAAGCCAGCAACUCUGGAGAAGCCAUGCUGCGGAAGAGCCAGAGCCCGCAGAGCGACUCACUGACACAGUUCGUCCAGCAGCCGGAUAUGAUGUAUUUCAUGCUCUUCCUCUGGCUCCUGGUUUACUGCCUGCUGCUGUUCCCACAGCUGGACGUCAACAGACUCUGAAGCGUGUGUCUGCAUAAUAAAAAGACCGGACCCUGACGGGGGCGUGGGAGUUCUCUUUCAUUUUAUUUCAGGUUCUGGAUGGGGGGCUUCUGCAGACAGUUGAGCAUCUCUGAGGAAACAGACUCCCUCUCCCUGCUUUUUAUCUAUGUAUCCUUUUUCUCCUGUAAGUCUUAGGCAUGCUUUUCUCUUUGGCUGUGUACUCAAAACUCAGGUGUUUGCUGAAUCCUUAGGUGGAGUUUGUUCUCGCGUGCCUUGCUUUGUCAUAUAUUAAGCACCAUUACUAACAGUUCACCAUAACCUGGGUCAUAGCUUGUCCUAUAUGCAGGUUUUUAAGGUCCUAGAUGGACUUGAGUUACGUACCUCUGAGAUGGGGGUCCUCCUGGUGAGAAAGAGAGUGCAUGCCCCAAGCAGAGCCUCCCUGGGGACAAAACCCCUUUUCCCUCCCAGAGGUGGGGUUUGAGCAGGUGCUCGUGUCGUGCAUCUGCUGUGGUCUGGCAGUUGGCAGUGGUCAUCAGUGAUAUCUGAGCAGCAUAAAGCUGGCGGCUCCAGGACCGCACAUGCAGGAUGGCAAACCCCAGGAGGAAGGUGAAGGCUGGGUCCUGAGCUGCAGUGCACUUUGUUUUGGGGAGCAUAGGGAGGGCGGGAUGCAUUUCAAAUUCCCUUUUGCAUUGACUGAAUUGAGGUAAAACUGUGAUUUUCAGCUCAUUUCCACCAAGAGAAUCCUUUCAAAUGAAUUCUUGGGGGAGGAGGGAUGAAGUCAGAUGGUAUAGUAAAAGCAGAGCUCAGGCUGACCCAGAAGAGCCAGGCCUCCCUCCCAGUUUGCCUCGCCAGCCCCCUGGCUUCCAUCAAUGGCUCCUGAGGCAUCUGUGCUGAGCCCCCAAGGCCUCCCCAGGGCACUGCAAAAAGCCCCUUAAAAGCCCCCUGGGGGAGCGCAGAAGUGUCUGGGCUGAGAAUAAGCUCGGGCUGAUGUCAGAGCUGGAAGUGGUCCAGCGGCUUCCUGCCCAGGGAAGCGUGUGCCUAUCUGCCUCAGGACACAGCCUCUGCACUGGCAUCCUUUGCAGUUGGUCAUAAUGGGCUUCUUGAAAGGGAAGCACUCCAAGUAGAAGACCAGAAGAGGUAGUGUGUGAGAGGAGAGAAGCCUCUACCCACCCAUCCAUCUUUCCUCUGCCCUGGGCUCCCCACUCCCUGUUUCCUGCCAAGAUGCUGAUGGUGAUGACUCCCCCUCAAAAAGCAUGUAUCAGGCACCACUUACAAAAUCACCAACUAUUAGAUUAGAAGAGGCCCGCAGACAGCAGCUUGUCUGCUGAACCCAGAGAAGCACAGUGGCUUGUACCAAGGUCACACAGUGACUGGGAACAGACUGGCAAGCAUACCCAGGCCGCCUAAUGCCCAGUCCUGAGCUGCCCCCUCUUUUAGGAAACUUUCACUGAGUUCCAUGAAUGUCCUGAACAAAGGAUAAAAUGAUAAGAUGAAAAGGUCCUCAUUUAAAGAAAACUAUUAUUUCUGGCCAACUAUCAAGCUUUGCUUUGUUCUUUUCCCAUGAGGAAGCUGUCUUCACUUUCAAGUCCAUCCCCUAUUACUUCUGGAGGACCCUAGACAGCUCUGACAGCUUCUCAGUGGACGUAACAGAAUCGCUCUUACUCCAGGAACCACGUUUCUCUCUUAGCAAGCCAAGGACUUGCUUCUUUCAAGCAGUAGGUUUCAAGUUUAGAGAAUUCCAACUUGGCCAAAAGAAUUUACAAAGCACAUUUGAGUGGAUGGCAGCCCAAAUCUGGCCUCUGACCCAUUCUGAUUACAGCCUGCCUUCUCGCCGUGAACGAAUCUACGCCUUCCAAGUGGAAAGCUGUUGGAAGCUUGGAGUGAUUCCAUCGUGAAGGCCACUUGUCCCAUGGAACACAAGCUAAUUAAUGAAUUCCCGAUAUCACUGAAAGCUCAAAGGUGCGGAUAAUCAGAUAAUAAAGAUCUUGCAACCCUGGAUACCUCAACCAAAUUAGAUGCUGGAAGAGGCAGAGAAGAGCUGACCCAAAUGUUCCUCGUAUCAUUUUAUGGGUCUAGAGCUUGUUCACAAAAAUCAGACUUCUUCUCUCAUCCAUUACAGCAUGUAAUAUUGUUUAAAAUCAUCUACUGGCAAGAUGCCUACAAGUAAUUUGGUUCGUGUUGGCAGUGAACUGAUUCUUUUUUAAGGGGAAAAAAAAUUUUAUUUGAGUAUAGGCUUACUAUAGAAGAAGGUGGAAAUGAAAGGUGGAUAUCAAAGCCUGCAGGAUAAACCACCCCAGAAUUUGCUUUUAAUUCUUAUCCAAAUAAUACAUGUGCAUAGUUUAAACAAAUAUUAUGAGGGUUUUAAUGAAAACUUAGUGUCCUAAGUCUUGCUCUAUAUAGUCUUACUUCCAACUCUUACAGCUGUUUCUUCUGGUAUUUAGCUUUGCGUUUCUAGAUAACAUGCUUACAACUCUUUUUAACAGAAACAUCAUCUGCUGACUUGCUUUUAUGGGAGGUAUGGCUCCUGCUCUGACCCACACUCCAUUUUAUUUUUCUAGUAUAGUUAGAUCACAGUGUUCGGUACCUCUGUGUUCAGUGUGGGUACAUAAGGACUCUUCACUCCUGAGCCAAGCAGGGCACUGUGCUUACAUGUUCUUUCCUGUCAGGUUUUCCUGCUUGAUUUAUUUUAUUUAUUUAUUUUUGGGGGUGUGGAACAUUCUUCAGUAACUUUCUAAGAAAAGGAACAUGGAAAGUAUAUAUUAUUGUAAGUAUUUUGAGAUUUUUGCUUAACUUAAAAUAUCUAUCUUCUGCACUUAGUCAAGUGUAACUGGGUAAUAGCAUUGAAGGUGAAAAGUAAUUCUCUCCUACCACCUCCUAAGGUUGUUGAGAUUUCUGAGGCCAGUCUGAUUCCCAAGUCUUUAGAUGUGAUUUGGAUUUCUACCCACUCCUGGGAAAUGUUAAGAUCCUUUUAUUCUUAAUGGUCUCAACUGUCCUAGUGAUGGUACACCUGCCAUUGGUAUACCUCAUGCUGGGUUCUUAUGAGAAAUUUCUAAAGUUUUCUUGUAAUGGUUCACAUUCUUUCAUUGUUGACCACCUAUUGUUCUAAUGUUGGACCUCCCAGGCUAAUCUUCUAAUAUUUUUUAUCUUUUCAAUUUCUAGUCUCUUCAUUUUUUGGAUCUGCUUUCAGGGAGAGUUAUUCAGCUUUAUCUUCUCAAUAGACUUCAUACAUGUUUUAAUUUUUAAUUUCAAAAAUAUCUUGUUACUCUCUUGUUUCUGUUUGAUUCUGUCCUUUUCUUAUCUCUUGGAUGCAGGUCUAUGGGUGCAGGUCAUGGAUUACCUCAUUAAGGGUGUUCAUGGCAGCUGUUUCUGGGAAGGUCCUUUCUGCUCCCUUGUUUUGCCUUUGUUUCCCCAAAGUUCUUUCUCUCUUGGUUAGUCUCGGUCUCUUCCAUGUUACAAGCGUUCUUCAGAUAUCUGGUGAUUCUGUGGAUCCGUUCUUUUUAAGAGCAUUAAAAUAGAUUGAAAGCUUUGUGUGUCAGUUGGUGGGCUUUUCUGUAGGGUCACAGGUGGGCACUUGGACUCUUCAUGGAAGGACCCCACAUAUCAAUAUUUGCCAGUCUUUUCUCUGGGGCUUAUUUCAUUCCAAUCUUCUCCUUCCUGGGAAAGAGAGACAUAUUCAGGGCUACUUGCCUAUGCAGUGCCCUUGUACAGUUUCAAAAUACGCAUUCCCUCUGGGUAGAUGACUUAGAAAGAGGUGCCCCCACUAGACAGAAGCCAUCCAUGGGCACUUGGCAUCGCUGGCAGAAGGCAUCAUUUGCCCCUUUCUCCAGGAAGAUGCAGCCUUGAGCCAGUACAAGGCUUGGGGAACAAUGCAAGGGCUAGAUUUUAACUCCUAGUAGUCCCCUUAGCCAUGCAUCUUUGUGCAGUACACAGACCGUACAGCUGUACACAGAGAUCCUGGCAACACCUGAGAGCCUGUGUGCUGACCUCUGAGCAGGCAGUCUCAUCACAGUCGGUAUUUAGACUCAUUGAAUCGCCCCCACCUCACUAUGCUUGUCCCUGGGUGGGAGCCUCUCUCCUUUCCCCAAGGAGCAAGACUGCUACUUCUGCCUGCCCAGUGGCCUGCCUGUGCAGAUGCAUGGUAUCAGGAUUCCUCUGCCAUGCUCUCUUCCCCAGCAGCUCUGCCCCUGUCAGAAAUGGGUUCACAUCUCCUGCCUACUGCCAUCUCUUCUCUGUUUAUCUUCUUGAUUGUAUAACUUCCAUUCCUUUGCUCUCAUUUCCAUGCAGUUUCAUGAGGGAAGAAAUGAGCCCCAUGUAUUCAAUACCCCAUCUUGAACCGCAGGUCCCAGUUGAGCCUUCUCACCAUUGUGUUUGGUCCACUGCUCUGUUGCCUUGUUUGUGAACUUGCCCUGCGUCCAGCUGGGGCAAUGUCCAUCCUGCCAGGCUGCGGCCUGUUGAAUGCCUUCAUAAAUGCUGUGCCAGGUGAAGGGAGAGGGUUAAAUGGCAUGCAGCUCUGCUUGAAGGCCUCAAUUAAAAAACAGAUUCUCUGUCCCGGCCCCCUUAGCACCCCCUGUCCCCCAAAACUGAAAUCUCCUGCCUCCUUACAAGCUUCAGUCUCUAGAGUUUCUGGGUUUCCUUUGCUGCUCUCACUUUGUUCUGGAAGCAAGCAGUCCACCCUGGGAUUUUCCAGCAAACAAACAGGGUGCUCUGUUGGUUGGCUGUUGGGAACUUAGCAAGCAUUUCCUUCUGGCCAAAUCUGGCCUGGGGAGAUGGGCUCCCAUCAAACUUGGAACUAGGGAGGACCCCUAGUUGCACACUGCCCAGGAGAGCCAAGACACAUGCUGCUCCCUUACUGAAGGACAACAUCAUUCCCCAGCCCUCUUCCCCAUGCAGUGCUCACCCGGUUCAGGUAAGGGUAGAACAUCUUAGAAGGCAGAGAAGCAUUUGGAAGCUGCCUGUGCAGUGAAUUUUCCUACGUUGUAGAGUAUCCGACGGCCUUAGGCAUCUUGUAAGGGCCUUGUCUGCGAAAUGAGAGCAGCAAAGAUCAGGAAGGCAAAGUGACGAGUCCCGCUGCUAAUUAGUGACCUCAGCAUGGACGAUUCGAUUCCCAGUUACGUGUGCUACAAAACGAGUCUCCAGCCACUGAAGCUGAGCUGCACCUCCCUUCCUGCCAAGGACUCAGAACAUCAUGGAGCUAAUGUCUCAACCACGAGUCAGAGUAAACAAGUAAAGAGUGGAGCUCACCGCGCACCGGGAUUCAUCGCAGCCUCUUUGGCAAGAACCGUUCUCUUCCCAUGGCUUUGUCAGUGCAGGGCAGUCGUGGGACAUGAACUCUUUCACACAAGCUCAGUUUUUCUCCAGUCUUCGGAAGGACUCCAGAAGGCCCGCUGGAGUUUUGAGACCUGGUCUCCCACUCCUUCCUUGGAGGCCUCCCUCAGAGACCUCUGCUAAGUAGCCCGCCUGGGCUCAGCUCCACGUCCAGCAGUCCCCGAGGUGGGCUGAGUUGGAGUGUCCAGCCAGCAUGGCUCCCCAACCUUUUAGUGAUGCUCUUGCCAGGAAAUGAAUGCAUAAAGCUCUUCAGGCCCACAUGGGUCCUUUCUCUUUGCCCAGCACUGCAUCAUCUCCAUGGAAAUUACCUUUUUGGAAGAUAUAAUGUCUUGGGACUGCAGCUGCCAUCUGGGGCUCCCGCUGAGGAGAAGGCUGUUCCACUGGCCCAUCCUUGUGGUGAGUGGGGCUGCUCUAAUGACAAGCUCCUGGACCUGGGGUGAGUGGCUCUGAAGUCUGAGAGCCAGCCUGAGUGUGAGAGCAUGCUUGUUUGCUGACAGUUACUGUGGCAUUUGCCUUAAUAGUUAGCCAGUGUGAGGGAGGCAGGAAUGGGACGUCACUUCUUUGCUGGACGUUGAGCUGCACCGAUCUUUCCAACUCUGCCUCUCAUCAGGCAUUUCCUUGAGGAAAGGCAGCACUCAGGAGCCUGGUGCAUGACAUGCCGCAGACCGUCCACUCCCGUGGCGUGCAGACACUUGUCUUCAGGUUCCACGUGAGCACUCAGAUCUCCUUGCUCUGGUUUUUAAGAGUGACACAGUGAACUUCAGGCCCCGUCACCUCAGUGCUGUGUGUGGGAUCAAGCUUGGGAUGAGUUUGGUGGAGUUACUGGGCAAAGGCCUAGAGGCACCGAGCUCCUGCUUCUCCAAGAGCUGGCACAGGUCAUCAGAGUCCAGAGCUGCUCUGACCAUUCCGGAAUUGCCAGACCCUGCAGAAUCGAGAAGACCAACUUCUUUGUGUUUAUAAUUUGUUCUGAGAACCUUGAUGAAACCACAUGCAGCAAGCAGUUUUUCCCAGCCGAGGGCCAUAGGGUCAACAAGCCAGAAAACACUCUUCUUUAGGGGAAAAAGGCAACCAGUAUUUUGUGCUAUUUGAUGACAUUUUUAAAUACACAUGCAACUCAGUCUGUGGCCCUGAUCCCACCGCUAACUCUUAAAAUCCCUGACAGUCAGAUGUCAAGUCUAGUUUUCAUCUAGCAGGCAUCUCUACCUGAAAUCAUUUGUUUUUAAAUCCCUCCCUCCUUUCUUCUCUGGGAGGUAAUAUGGGAUAGGGAGGAGGACAGGUUUGGGAACCAGCCAGAUGUAGAUUUGAGCCCUGGCUCUGCCACCAGAUACCUGGGUGAUCUUGGGCAAGUCAGUGUCUCUGAGUGUCUUCUGUGCACACUAGAUGCUCAACACAGAUUUGUUGAAUGAAUAAUUCUUCCUUGCAAAUUUGUUAUGAAGUUGCAAAAUGCUCAGUAGCUCCUUGUGCUGCCGUUGCUUCCUCUCCAAGCUUUGAAUCUAUCUCCAUUAACCCCAGCAUCUUCCAACCUCUCUCCAUUCCACCUUCAUUUUGGCAGCUGCUCCAUCCCCAAUCUAAUUCACACCUUUUACAAGAGAAACUGGAAGCCAUUGUGUACCCAUCACUCAUUGAGUCCUACAGCAAUCAUAACAGGUGGUUAUUUCAGAGAGGAAAUUAAACCUAGGCGGGAAAACUAGCAAGGACUGUUGUUGUCAAAGCUGACUUCCAUCCUGGACUUCACUACUUAGAAAGGAGGGCUGUGCUAGUAGGAGUCUGAUUCUUGGUCGCCGUGGCACAUUUAGCAAGUUGGCAAGGGUGGAACGUCUGAGUUGGAAGCUGGUGAGGUUUAUUGGUCAUAUUGCAACCCUCCCCCCCACUUUGUUCUCCUUCCCAAGUUUCUGCACACUUUGACUCCCAAUCCCCCAUCAAAACUGCUUAAAUAGCCUCAUACUUGCAUAAAAAUGACUGAGCUUGCCCCCAAACGAUGUUUUAGCCUAUGACUGCAAAUUUACAACCAAACGACUGCCUCUAAAGGGCCUUCCGCAGUAAAAUCUCAGUGUCUAACUUUGACGGCUUCUGUGACUUCAAUUAAUUCUAAAUCCUGCCCCCAGCUAGUCACCUCUCCACCUCCAACACAUGGUUUUCAGAGUAGAAAAUUAGGUUUUCUCCUUCAGAAAACAAAUCCAUUUCACUGUGUUGGGCAGAGCAUCAUUAAAAUGGGGAGUGAGAACAUGGAUUGUUUGGAUGAUGUCAUAAUCGGUUGGUCUAAAAUAGUCAUUGUUUUUUCUGUGUUUUAAGUGUAAAUGUGAUUUUCUUCAUUGUUGCCAAAAACAAACAGGGAAAAAGAAUCUUUUGAUAGGUUUAUCCCCUUUGCAACAUUUUACCACUUCUUUUAGCCCCACCAAAAGUCAAUAGAGCAUAUUCUCUGCAAGUCUGUGCUAUGAGAAAGGACGGUCACAAAAAUGCCUGUAUUCCUACAUGUCAUGCAAGGAUUUCAACUCUUCUUUUAAGGGAAACUCUGGAAGUGUUCUAACCUGAAGAGCUGAUGUUAUUUCAAAGGACAGCACUGGCCUGGGCAUCGGGAACCCUCAUCCUCACUCUGGGUCACCUACUGUGAUAUUCAAUAAUUCAUUUACCUGUCUGGGUGGGAAUUUGGAAGACCUUUUUCAAAAAAAUCCUUCCUUGGUUUAAAAAUCCAAAGGAUAGAAAGUUAGAUUUUUUUUUUUUAAAUCUCAAUAAGUGGCCUGUUUGCUUAACAUAAAUGCCCCUUUGUAUUUGUAAGUGGAAUCCAAAGCUUAAAGCUUUGCUUCUGGCUUUAGUAUCCGAGAAAGGUGCCUUUGGAAAAGGUCUGGAACAACAAAAGGGAUUGUGUGAAAGGAGUGGGGGUGAACAUCUGAACUAGCACCUGGGAGAUCUGCUUCACAGGGCUGGAAGAACUAAACUGGACCCCUUAAAUUAAGUCAGCCUCUGAGGCAGUAUCCCAGGGAAAUUUCUUUCAAAUUCAAAGGCUCAGCUGCAGGAAUAAAUAGCUCUCAACUGGACCUUUCUAUCCAUCUCACCUAUUUUCCCUUCCCCCAGCAGACUCCAAAUAAAUCAGUACAGAAAUUCCUGUGGGAAUGAGGGCAUACUUGCAUUCUAAUGGAUCCCUUAAGCCAAAGGCUGGUACAUAUGUAUAAAAAGCCCCUGGGUGGGCCUGGUACCUGAGGGAGGUACUGUGAAGAAGAGGCCUGCCCUUCGCCCUUGAACUUGCACCAUAAGAUAACUCCUGCAUCACUUGCAUCCGUGCUGUAAUAUCAGCCAAAGACAAAUAGUAAAAAGUGGAAAAACGGUUGUUCCCUACCAUACAUCAUCAGGACAAAUUACUAAACUGGAGUUUGUUCAGAGCAUACUGUAUUGGAUGGCGAUAGGUGUUUAUUUUUCCAAGGUCUGUAAUAUUUAACAGAUUUAAUGCUAUAAUUUCUCAGUGUCAUGGCAGGAUUCAGUGGACAAUGUCUGAAGAUUUUUACUGGGAGCUCCUAAGAGAACUAUUAUUAAAAAAAAGGUGAAAUGUUAUUUUGUAGUACAAGGAUAAUUUUGUCUAUUUAGUAUAUUCAUAGCUGUAGCUUUGUAAAAAGGGAUCUUUGUAAAAACAAAUGGUGUGAAUGUGCACUCUUAUUUAUUGAUUAUUGUAAAUGAAGAUAUAAAUGACUUUACAUAAUUUAUACUUGUGGGAAAUUAACUAGAGUAUUUGCUAUUUGACUGUUUUCUAUUAAGGAAUAUUAGGCUUGGUGCUAUGAUGAAUGGUCUUGUAAAAUUACAUGUAUUCUUCAGAACAUUUUUGAUGAUAAAUUUCAUGAACUGAC